AUGAACAUCUCCAGGUUUUUGCGUGGAUCCAAAACCAUCCAAAACCACUUCUCCCCCUUACCCAGCACGGUCGCAGGCUGGGUGAACGUCUUCCUCUGCCGAAGGAUCUCCUUGGACGGCUCCUCCCUGGUGGGACAGUUCCCAUGUUGGACCUCCAGCUUCUUGCCUGUCAUUGACUCACUCCUUUGGACCUCCUUGAGCGCACCGGCGCUGCCAGCGUGGAAUCCUGGUGCCAAACAGUGGCGAAGGUGCCCUGCGUUGCGGAGACGAAGGAUGGCUGAUGGAGCGCAAGCUGAGCUUCAGGCCUCUGAGGUCCAUGGAGGCAAUGCGCUGGUGGAGCGAUUUGCCCCAGCUGGAGGCUGGGAAGAUCUCUUCACUCCUGCCAGGCACCUGGCUUCAAGGAUGCAGGAGAUGGUGGUUCUGGGUCGACUCCCAGAGCCCAAGAAGUGGUUGACGGUGGCCAUGCGAACGCGGAGCCAGACGGAACCACACGAAUUGGCAAAGGGUCUCCAAGGUUCGCAGAGGCUAGUAAUAUGUCUUCCGCAUCAGUCUCUACAAGUCAUCUGCUUCGAUCAUGGCAUUAUGGCGUUAGCGCCUCACUCGCAGCGCAGCUGCAGUCGCUGGCUGGUGGUGGAUACAGAUGCAGGCGUCGACGACGCCUUUGCACUGUGCAUGGCACUGAGGCUGGCCAAGCAGAGUGACUUUGAGUUCAAACUGAUUACCUGUUGCUUUGGCAACUGCUCGGUGGAGCAGGUGGGGAUCAAUGUGGCGAAAUGCCUUGCCGCCUGCGAGCUGCCAAGCUCAGAGUGGCCGAAGGUGGUGCUGGGGGCUGCGGGGCCCAAUGGCACUCAGAAGGCCAUCAACGCCAGUCAUUUUCAUGGCUCUGAUGGACUAGGUGACGCCUCCGACGCGCUGCCUGCCGCGGCCCUUCCGCCGCCUUCGCCGUCCUCGACGUCGCCGAACGCGUCGCCGCGGGCGGCGGCGGACGCGCUGCUGGCGCUGCUGCGGGAGGCGCAGAUGGAGGAGGCAGAGGUGACGCUGGUGACGCUAGGCCCACUGACCAAUCUGGCCCUGGCGUUGAAAGCAGAACCGGAGCUUCCGCUGCUGCUCAACGACCUUUGGGUCAUGGGUGGUUGUGGCAACGCUCGUGGAAAUCAUGGCCGGGUCACUGAGUUCAACAUCCACGCAGACCCCGAAGCUGCCAGUGAUGUCUUUGCCAGGCCCUGGUCCCAGCUGACAGUGACCAGUUGGGAUCUGAUGACCUUCGCCACUGUGCCCUGGCGGACCUUUGAUGCCACCAUCCAGCGAGCCACCAGCCAGGUGGGUAGAUUCCUGGCCAAGAUCAGCCAUUUGCCUUAUGUCCAAAAACGUUCCACCACGUCUUGUAGCCGAGGUCAGGAGGGCUGUUUGGCCUUCAUGGCUUCAUCGUUUCUACAGCUGCUGGCGCCGCUGUUGCAGCACUUGGCGCCCGCACCCGCAGGGGUAGGCUUGUGGAACCUCACGUCGGCUCCUGGCGCCAUCGUUUGCGACGCCAUCACCAUGGCCGCGGUCUUGCGCCCUGAGCUGGUCCUGCGCAGUAGCCAGGUGCAUGUGGAAGUGGAGCUGCAAGGAGCCCUUACGCGUGGCCAGACGGUGAUCGAUUGGGGCACCUGCUUCGAUGGUGUACAUCGACCGAAGCACAUCCGCUGGGUGCAAGAGGUGGAUAUGAACCUUUUCUGCCGCAUGCUUCGCGAAACCGUGAGCUGACGCCUAAAAAACAUCUCUCCGAUGCAGCCUGGGGUGGUGGGUCUGGAGAUCACCGGACCUUGAG